AUGUCCAGAGUACUGACGCUGAGCGGGAGUCGCCCCGUGACCCGCCAGAAUCGCCGAUAUUCGGCCCGACCAUUUUACUUGACUAUACUGGUGUUCACUAGUCUCGCUGUCUUCAAAUGGGCUCUUGAUCGCGGGGACGAAAAGCUCGAUUGCUCAUCAUUUCCUCAUGAUGCUGACGAUUUUAUUUGCUCUGAUUUGUUUCAGUGCCGUCUUGUUCGUGACGCAAAAGAUCAAUGCUCCUUUGUCCGCAUGAACUGCCCAGAUCAUGAAGAUGGCUUUUUCUCCUACCUCCAAUUCUAUUACUGUACUCUUGCAGACGUCAAGCCGCUUGCAUUUGGCAUUCUUAUUCUGUGGCUGUCUCUGCUCUUCAGUACCAUUGGGAUCGCCGCCAGCGACUUUCUCUGUAUUGACUUGAGCACCCUGGCUAGCUUUCUCGGGCUGAGUGAAAGCUUGACUGGCGUCACUUUCCUGGCUUUUGGAAAUGGAAGUCCCGAUGUUUUCUCCACAUUCGCUGCCAUGCGGUCGAACAGCGGCAGUUUGGCUAUUGGUGAGCUACUCGGGGCUGCAAGCUUUAUCACGUCCGUGGUCGCAGGUUCGAUGGCGCUGGUUCGCCCGUUCAAGGUCGCUCGGAGAAGCUUUGUAAGAGAUGUCGGGUAUUUCAUCGUGGCUGUCUGUUUUAGCAUGUUGCUGUUAGCGGACGGUCGCCUUCACGUCUGGGAGGCCGCCACGAUGGUUGGGCUGUAUUGCUUCUAUGUGGGUCUGGUUGUGGUCUGGCACUGGUACAUCGUACGGAAACGACGAGUCUAUGAAAGAAACCUAGCGGCCCGGUCACACUUUCAUAUCCCAGACAAUCAAGAAUUGGAGAUCGAGGAAGUGGAAGACGAUGAUCCCGGAGUGGCGUCCGAGUCAACAAGUCUUCUUCACGGCGUGGACUUUGAUUCUUUGGAAAGGGCCGACAUGCCUGCUUGGAAAGAUGGAGACGAGGAUGACGAGACUCGCAACCGCUACCUGGCCGAAAUACGAGACAACAUGCAUGUUAUUCGCCCUUCUGUGCGCAGGCGCAACACCUUGAACCCAAUCAGACCUAGUCUUGUCGGCGCCUUGGAGUUUCAGUCGGUGCUUUCGUCUCUACAGCGAUCGAGGAGCACUCAUCAAAACGUCCCGAUCAACCUGCCAAGAUACUCGGACAACCGCGAUUAUGAAACGCAGGACUCAUCACACACGUGCGACAAUAUUUCGGUCGCAUCCCACCCAAGGGCUAGCAGAUCGUCCGUGGACCAUCUCUCACCCCAUGGUGCAACUGGUCCCGGGCGUAUUCGGGCCGUGUCUGCCAACGACGCUGCCGGGUUGAGAUUGGAUACCAGCGUGCUCGAUCCUUCCGUGACACGCCCUCUUGUCACCGUGAGUCGACCAAUGGGUGAUAGUUCAAAUACACCACUGGCCCAUCAGGCCGACACGAACACAGAAUUAGUAGUUUCGACCCCUCGUUCGGGACAUUCGUCGCCUAGUCUAAGUCCUGUGGUAGGGACCCGACCUCAUACUCCUUCUUUACUUGCACCUCCAGAUGCUUUUCGGUCUCCUAACUAUCAGACUGAAGCAUGUCACUCGCAAUCUCCCCUUCCGCUGUCCCCCCGUGGGACUUCACUAUCUCCCGGUGGCUCUGAUAGGGGGACUCCGACCAGCCCAUUUCCUGCGCUUGAUAUACCAGGAUCGGCAUCUUCUAGGCCUCCAAGCCUACGCUUGCCCGCUGCUUCAAGCCCUACACAGUUGCUUCAAAUUCAUGACAGUGUCUUCGACGACGGAUGUUCUCGACCUCGAGUCCAAACAAAAUGGUGGUCUGCUUGGGCCGCCUUGCCUGCUCGAACAAUUGUCUCAACGCUUUUCCCCACUCUGGAUGGGUGGAAAGCUAAAUCAUUCUGGGAGCGGUUAUUGGGACUCGCAGCGGCGCCCAGUGUAUUGCUAUUGACUAUAACCCUGCCUGUAGUAGAACCCAUACAGCCUCAAACGCAAACAGGACCAGUCGCCGUUGUCGUAUCCCCAACGGACGGCGAGAGUUCAACAGCGCCUCUCGUGAGGCUUCCAGAUGACAGUCCACUCAUUUGCGCUGUUGAUCGGGGGUCCAGCACCAACGAGACGACAAAUCAAACCAACAAAACGCAGCCAUCGCAUAAUCGGCGACGCUGGGACUCUGAGUUGCCCGCUGUCCAACAUCAGCCAGAUACAUCACCAGUCUCUACAAAAGAACAUUGCCAAUGGCUUGUUUGGAUACAGCUUUUCUCCGGCCCUUUCUUUGUGACUUUGAUAUCUUGGACGGCCGUGGAUCCCGAGCUCAAACUCCGCAACUUACUGCUACCAUUUCUGUGUUCUCUGCUUUUUUCCCUUGUGUGUUUCACUUCCCUCCUCUUGAGCACGCGACGCGGUAACCACUCGCACACUCCCAACGCAUGGCGCCCUUUCCUAGCCCUACUCGGAUUCAUGGUCGCCAUAUUUUGGAUUGCAACUAUAGCCACGGAAGUUGUCAGUCUCCUCAAGACGGUGGGGGUGAUUUUGAACAUCAGCGAUUCUCUCCUCGGUUUAACCGUGUUUGCUGUUGGAAAUUCCCUCGGCGAUUUGGUUGCAGACAUCACCGUUGCACGGCUUGGUUAUCCGGUCAUGGCUCUUAGUGCCUGUUUCGGCGGACCCAUGUUAAACAUCCUUCUAGGAAUCGGAUUGGGUGGUCUGUAUAUGACACUGAAUGCAAACCCAGAAUCGAUAGUUGCAACCGGAGGAUCUUACGAAAUUGCCAUUUCAAAAGUUCUUGUCAUCAGUGGCGCAACACUUUUACUUACCCUUGUGGGGUUAUUGAUCGUGAUUCCUCUGAAUAAUUGGAGAAUGGAUCGAAAAAUUGGCUGGGGUCUUGUCAUCUUAUGGUGCAUUAGCACCUUGGCUAAUGUGAUUGCUGAGCUUGUAGCUUGA